AUGUUGUUGGCAUUGAUCUAUGUAGAGAAAAUGCCCCAGAGAAAAGGCUUGGAUAAUCACACCACUGAACUGGGAUUUCUUCUUUUGGGAUUUUCUGACCACCCUUGCCUACCCAGCGUGUGCUUCACAGUCUUCCUGAUCAUCUACCUCAUGGUUCUCACUGGGAACAGCCUGAUUAUGCUCAUCACAGUGAUGGACUCAAGCCUCCACAACCCUAUGUAUUUCUUCCUGAGAAACCUGUCCUUCCUGGAGAUCUGCUACACAUCGACUACUCUACCAAAAAUGUUGGUAGCUUUCCUGACGGGAGAUGGCAGGAUCUCCUUUCUUGGCUGUGCUGCCCAGCUGUAUUUCUUGAUCAUGCUGGGAAGCACUGAAUGCCUUCUUUUGGCUGCCAUGGCCUAUGACCGCUACGUAGCCAUAUGUGACCCCCUGCGCUACAGCCUCAUCAUGAAUGGGGGGUUCUGCAUGAGACUGGUAGUGGGGGCGUGGAUGGCCAUCGUGCCACUACAAGUAGGACAGACCUAUCAGGUGUUCACCUUGCCCUUCUGUGCAUCCCGUGACCUUCAUCACUUCUUCUGCGAUGUCCCCCCUCUGUUGGAACUGGCCUGUGCAGACACUUUUUGCAACCAAGUGACCCUGCACACUAUCAUCUUCGUAUUCGCUGUCCUUCCCUUUUCCAUGAUAGUUAUUUCUUACACUAAAAUUAUCAGGGCAAUUCUGAAAAUGCCUUCAGUUCUGAGCAGACACAAAGCUUUUUCCACCUGCUCGUCACACCUCGGGAUUGUGACUCUCUUUUAUGGCUCAGCCAUGCUUGUGUACUUUAAACGCCGGUCACAGGACUCUGCAGACACUGACAAAUACCUUGCCCUGUUUUACACAGUCGUGACCCCCGUGUUUAACCCAGUCAUCUAUACUCUGAGGAACAAGGAAGUUAGAAUUGCCCUGAGAAGACUCCUGUGGAGAAAGUGA